GUGCUGCAUGGGGGCCAAAGCCAGGCCUUAUGGCACGAGGCGCCCAGAUCUCGCUGAGCUAUAAUUACAUCCUGUAGGAGCCUCUGAGGUGAAGCAGUUCACACGGAGACACUGAAAGAUCGUGUGCCCAUGAGGUCAUCCAUGCUGGUCCUGUUUCUGGUCUUCAGUGCCCAGGCUGUGGCCCCCAUCAUAGGGCUCUUGUGCAGCGUCACAACAGCACAACAGGACAACCCCACCUCCAUCCCCACUGUGGACCCCAAGCUCUUCAAUAAGCGCCGCCACCUCUCACCCAGGGUGCUUUUCAGCUCACAGCCCCCCGAUGCGGAGCCAGCAGGGGGACAGGGUGUCAGCAGGAGGACUCGAAGGCAGCCUCAGCACCGGGGGGUGUACUCGGUGUGUGAGAGUGUUAGUGUCUGGGUGGGCGACAAAACCAAAGCCACAGAUAUCUCAGGCAAUGAGGUGACAGUGCUCCCGUAUGUGAACAUAAACAAUGUUAACAAGAAACAGUAUUUCUUUGAGACGACGUGUCACGUCCCUCCAUCUGGAGGCUCGAGAUGUUUAGGAAUUGACGCGAGGCACUGGAACUCCCACUGCACCAACUCGCACACUUUUGUCCGAGCGCUGACUUCAUUCAAGAACCUGGUGGCUUGGAGGCUCAUUCGGAUCAACGUGGCGUGUGUGUGUGUGCUCAGCCGCAAAUCGUGGCAGCAGUGAAGAGUCACCCAUAGACUGGCACACAGAACACAAUAUAGACAGACACAUAAAAAUGCCGACCGGCGUGUUUCUGCAUAUAACUUAUCACCAAGGACUUCUCACCCUCUGCACAAAGUAAAUUAUUCUUGUAUGUGUCAAAGUAUCAGGACUGCAUGUAUACACACCAGACCUGGGUCAAAGAGUAUCUGCCAGUAGUUUUAGCCAUUGAAGUAUUAACAUGAUUGUGAAGGUGUUUUAAUCAGCUGCUGUUUUUAUAAAAGAGGCAGUUUGGUGAGGUACAUGUGUUCUUUUGCAACUAUUAAAGUAUUAGACUUUAUAGUUGGAAAUUAGAAAUGUUCUUGUAAAAACCAUUACCCGUGCUGCUUAAAAGAGCUGCAAAACUUGGUCAAUUUGCUACAUUUAGGAGAAUUUAUUGGCAGUAAGAUGCAUAAUAUCAAUUUAUUCAAACAAUUUAAAGUCACAUUAAAAUUAGAGUUAUAUUAUUGUCUGGUGGAAUUAGUCAGUUAAAUAGAGUUGUGUGAAAGAAAUUGGUUUCCUUAUUCCAUAUUCCUUACUUUUCUAUCUUUUGUUACACUUACAUGUUUAGGAUCAUCGAGCAAGUAGAUAACCAGAAUAAAUACAAAAACAUUGGUUGUUAAAUCAUUUUAUUUAGUAUUUAGAAAAUUUUUUUACACUAACCUGGUCCUAUGUGAAAACAAUAUUUCUUCUUAUUAAACUGUUAAUCCCUGGGAUUAACAACUUUUUAAAUUCAGCUUUUUCUCAUUCCACCAAGGAUUAAUUACUCACAUUAAGAAAAUUAAAAACAGAUGUUCUUGAUGGUGCCCAAAAUUUCUGGGGAUUUUUUUGGACUGAAGAGACAAACGUGGAACUUUUCAGGACGCAUGCAUCUGUUUACAUUUGGAGCAAAACUUAAACAGCAUUUCCACAA